AGGGGCUGUGGGUUGAAGCCGGCAGUGCUGGGCCGGCGAGGGCGAGGGGGUGGUGGAGGUUGGGCCGGCCGUCCUUCCUCGCCGCCCGAAGCCCGGCUCGGCCCUUGCUCCUCCGCCCGGCUGUGGGCGGCUUCCCGAGGCGUCUCGGCCUCCCUAGGGUACAUUGGAGUAUGAGUCUACUUAUGAUUAGUGAGAAUGUGAAAUUGGCUCGUGAAUAUGCAUUGUUGGGAAACUAUGACUCUGCAAUGGUGUAUUAUCAGGGAGUUCUUGACCAAAUGAACAAGUAUCUAUACUCGGUCAAAGAUACAUACCUCCAGCAGAAAUGGCAACAGGUUUGGCAGGAAAUAAAUGUGGAAGCUAAACAUGUAAAGGAUAUCAUGAAAACACUCGAGAGCUUUAAACUAGAUAGCACUCCCUUGAAAGCUGCACAGCAUGAGCUUCCGGCUUCUGAAGGAGAAGUCUGGUCUUUGCCUGUACCUGUUGAACGAAGACCUUCUCCAGGACCUAGAAAACGUCAGUCUCCCCAGUAUAGUGACGCUAAACCACAUAGUAACCGCCCAAGCACAGCUGUCAGAGCUCACCGUCCAUCUGCACAAAAUCAUCACAAUGACAGAGGGAAAGCUGUUCGUUGUCGUGAAAAGAAAGAACAGAAUAAGGGAAGAGAGGAAAAGAACAAAUCACCUGCUGCAGUUUCUGAACCAGAGACAAAUAAAUUUGAUAGCACAGGAUAUGACAAGGACUUAGUAGAAGCUUUGGAAAGAGAUAUAAUUUCUCAGAAUCCCAAUGUUCGAUGGGAUGAUAUUGCUGAUUUAGUAGAAGCUAAGAAGUUGCUUAAGGAAGCCGUGGUGUUACCCAUGUGGAUGCCAGAAUUCUUUAAGGGCAUUAGGAGGCCAUGGAAAGCUCGAUUUUAUUCCCCAGCCACCAUAUUUAUUGAUGAGAUAGAUUCCAUUUGCAGUCGCCGAGGGACUUCUGAGGAGCAUGAAGCGAGCAGAAGGGUGAAAGCAGAGCUGCUGGUUCAGAUGGAUGGUGUUGGAGGUGCCUCUGAAAAUGAUGACCCUUCCAAGAUGGUUAUGGUUCUGGCAGCUACGAAUUUCCCCUGGGACAUAGAUGAGGCUUUAAGAAGACGUCUUGAAAAACGAAUCUAUAUUCCUCUACCAUCAGCAAAAGGCAGGGAGGAGUUACUACGAAUAAGUCUGCGUGAGCUGGAAUUGGCUGAGGAUGUUAACCUUACAAGUAUAGCUGAAAACAUGGAAGGUUAUUCAGGUGCGGACAUUACCAACGUGUGCAGGGAUGCAUCCUUGAUGGCAAUGAGAAGGCGUAUUGAAGGUCUGACCCCAGAAGAAAUCCGAAAUCUUUCAAGAGAAGAAAUGCACAUGCCCACAACUAUGGAGGAUUUUGAAAUGGCUUUAAAGAAGGUGUCUAAGUCAGUAUCUGCAGCAGAUAUCGAGAGAUACGAGAAGUGGAUUUUUGAGUUUGGAUCAUGCUGACAUCUCACAUGUACACUGUGAGAAACCCGCCUUAAGUCUUUUUCUGAAAAAUUAAAUGUAGUGUUUCAUUGCACUGAGUGCUAUAUUUUUUUAAACUUUCAUAAUGGUAACAUUGAAAAAUUUCUUAUGAUUCUGAAUAAAGGCAAUUUUUUAAGCGGU